AGUUCUUUCUCCUUGUCUCUCCAAAAAGUUUAGAAUGGCUGUCAUUAACAAUUGUGGCAAUGGGAUCAUGACACAGCUUCAUGAGUAUUCACUAAAGCAGCUUCAAUUCCUUCUUCUUCUCUUCUUUCUGCUAACCCCUUCUGCAACCUCAAUAACCUUCAAUCUCUCGAGCUUUUCCGGUGCAGACUCUAUAAUAACCGAGCAAGAUGCUACUAUCGACAAGCAAGUCCUCCGACUCACCAAUAGUGCUGUAGAUGAAUCACAGGCGCAAAGCGUGGGCCGAGCCACAUGGCAAGAACCCUUCCUCCUCCGCGAAACUGCCACCGGAAAGCUUGCUGAUUUUACAACACAUUUCACCUUUGUCAUCGAUUCUCUACGGAAACCCGACUAUGCAGACGGGCUAGUGUUCUUCAUAGCGCCAAACGGAUCCUUACUCAACACAUCCCUCGGAGGAGGAGGAGGUGCCCUCGGCCUCCCUGUGGAAAACACGGCAGGAAAUAUUGGGUACGACUUUGUUGCGGUGGAGUUUGAUAUCUUCCAGAAUACUCAAAUAUUCGUUGACGAUCCCACCGGCAACCAUGUGGGUAUCGACGUCAACUCUCUCAAGUCCUUGAACACCAAGCCUUGGAAUGGUAAUAUUACAUAUGGACAACACAAUAGUGCUACGGUUAGUUACAAUUCCAGCACAAAAAAUCUUAGCGUUGCCUUCACUACUUUUGUUAACGGUACCCAACAGAUGGACUAUCUUUCUGACCAAGUUGAUCUGAUAGAGUACUUGCCCGACUUGGUCAUUGUCGGGUUCUCUGCUGCGACGGGGGAUAAGUUUGCUGUGCACAAGAUCCUCUCGUGGAAUUUUACUUCUACUAACCUGACUAUCCCAGGAGAUGGGGUGAUCCCAGGAAAUGGGGUGAGUGUAGCACUAGUCGUUGGGUUGAGCAUUGGUGGAUUCAUUAUCUUGGUUGGUGGGUUGACAUUGGUUUGGUUCAUCUUUUGGAAGAAGAGGGAAGGAGGGGAAAGUGAUGAUGAAGAUCCCAUGGUACUUGAUGACGAAUUUGAAAAGGGGACAGGCCCUAGGAAGUUUUCGUACAGCGAGUUGGCUCGAGCAACAAAUAAUUUUGUAGAGGGAGAGAAGCUUGGAGAGGGAGGUUUUGGUGGGGUUUAUAGAGGCUUCAUAAAAGACUUGAACACAUAUGUUGCUGUUAAGAGGGUAUCCAAGGGGUCUAAGCAAGGACUAAAGGAGUAUGCAUCGGAAGUAAGGAUAAUCAGUCGGCUUAGGCAUCGAAAUCUGGUGCAACUAAUUGGUUGGUGCCAUGAAAAAAGUGAGCUCCUACUUGUCUAUGAGUACAUGCCCAACGGUAGUUUAGAUUCCCAUCUAUUCAAAUUAAAAAGCUUGUUAAGUUGGAGGGUAAGAUACAAGAUUGCUCAAGGGUUGGCCUCUGGCUUAUUUUACCUACACGAAGAAUGGGAACAAUGUGUUUUGCACAGGGAUAUCAAAUCCAGCAACAUUAUGUUGGAUUCAAACUUCAAUGUGAAACUUGGAGAUUUCGGGCUAGCUCGACUUGUGGACCAUGGAAAACAGUCGGAAACAACAAUUGUAGCUGGAACCAGAGGCUACAUGGCUCUGGAAUAUGUUACCACAGGAAAGGCUAGCAAGGAAUCGGAUGUUUACAGCUUCGGAGUUGUUGCUUUGGAAAUAGCCUGCGGAAGGAAACCUAUUGAUCUUACGUUGAUAAGUACUCAAAUAAAUAUGGUGCAGUGGGUUUGGGAGCUUUAUGGAGAAGGGAAAGUCAUUGAAGCCGCCGAUCCUGUACUUUCACUAGAUUUUGAUGAGAAACAAAUGGAGUGCUUGAUGAUCGUUGGGUUAUGGUGUGCUCAUCCGGAUUACAGUAUGAGGCCUUCAAUACAACAAGCAAUUCAGGUGCUUAACUUCGAAGUUCCAUUGCCCAGUCUACCACCACAUAUGCCGAUGGCCACCUUUCCUCCUCCAAUAUCAUUAUCCACGUUGUCUGGUUAUACCACCAGCUCUGUAGGAGGGCAAACUGAGUCUUCAGGCAACGGCUAUACCACCAAUUCCUCACAGUUCACAACAUCUUCUGCAACAGCAUCACUAUUGUAAUGGCGCCCAAUUAGUGUAAUUUAAUGAUUUACAUUAACCUGUAUCCAAUUCUUUUUCUUUUUUGGUUAUUUGAUAAGAUU